UUUCCGGUUUCAUGUUGGAAAAAAAGGAAAACAUCAACAACUUGAACAAACAAAACUUUUCUGCAUGUGUACGACUUUUUAAAUGAGAGGAUGAGCUAGAAAAUUCAAUGUCUUCCACAGUGGUUUUAACUGAAGUUGAGCAUCAGGCUCAUCCCUCGGAAGACAAUGAGCCUGAGGAGUAUAGAGAGGCUGAACUCAUAACAUUUGACAACUGCUGCAAGGGCAUAGGGAUCAAGAUCUGUGGAGGGUGUAGCCGGGAUGGUAGAGAGGUCAAUGGGAUCUUCAUCAAGAGAAUCUUCCCGGGCGGUCUAGCAGAUCAAGACGGUAGAUUACAACAAGGGGAUGAAAUUUUGUCUGUCAAUGAUGAAAGUUUUCAAGGAAUAACAAAUGACAGAGCGGUGUCUAUUCUGCGCCAAGCAUCAGCAUCUAACCAUGUGGAAAUGGCUGUGGCUCGAGAUGAACAAUCAAAGGCAGAAUUUUUGGAAAUUCUAGAAAAACAAAAUGGAAUGAGUUUUCCAUGUACCCCAAUUCCAGUAGAAACCCAAGGAAAGACCAACAUUCCGAAAGCGAUUUUGAUGAAUGGGUCAUCAGACAAUGACAGGAGUUCAUGUAGUUCUCCGAGAUACUUCAUGGAAACAAGUCCCCAGCAUUCACCCAGGGAGGAGAUCAUACACCACCAUAGAAAUAAUCAGGAUCAUAUUGUCCCUGAUAGUUUUUCUUCCACAAGAGAGCCACAUCAUCAUCCAGGGCAUUUUAUUCCCAAUGGUAGACAUUUAAUUCCAAGCAUGGCUUCAACACCUCAUGAGAAAGGUGGAAAGAUGAGUAACAACCUUCCACCCCACUACUCCAUGGAUCCCUCUCCAGUGCAAGGAAGCAUGACCUCUGACCCCUUCACAUCGGUAACAUCCAAUGAAUCCUCACGAUACAGAAACAUGUCAAAAUCAAGAAAGUUGUCUUUGGAUCCAACUGUAAGACUGAAGAUUGAAAAACUAGAGGUGGCCCUGCAGUACCUUGGUCUGGAGCCCUCGGGGGAACAAGGAGCCUGCCUCAGAGAACAACUACAGGUAGACAGCUCAGGAACAGUUAGCUAUGGAGACUUUGUAGCUGUUGUCAGAGAUGUGUUUAAGGAAGAACUAGUAAAGAAAAGAAUUGAUCCCCGUGCCAUGCUGUUUGCCGCUAAUGAUAUUACAGAUAUCGUAGAGCCUCCACCUUUCAGAUACUCAGUAAAUAACCUACACAGUUAUAGAGAUGAGUACAGUGACCUACAACAAGAGAGAGAUGACUUACAUCUGGAAGUUCAGAGACUCAGGUUGAGGCUACAGGAAAGUGAGACUGCUAGAUGUCGGGCAGAGGAAGAACUGCAUAACAUACAGCUGAAAGCCCAGGGUGCGAUGAAGAAGGUGGAGAUAGCGGAGAGAGCCCAGAGAGAGGCUAGGAACGUGGAGAAAGACUACGAGGAAGUGGUGCAGCUUCUGGAGGCGGAGGUGGCCAAAUUAAAGGAGGAACGCAAGACAAAUGUGACAAGUAACGUAGACACGCAGCAACAAAUGACAGUGUUUUCCUGUCAACUGAAGAAGCUGGAGGCAGAAAAGAAGACCUAUGAAGUAGCCACAGAAAAACUCUUACAAUUUGCAGAGAAUGUGCAUGAAGCAAUGAUGUCCCAAGGAAACAAUUUAGGCACAAAAAAAGGUGAUCCAGCUAGAGAUACUCGUCCACCUGCCUACCUGGGCAGACAUAAACAGUCCAACCCUAAAGCCCUGGCUGCCGAGGCCAAAGAAGUAGUUUCUGCUGUCCGAUCCAUCAUAGAGAAAGAUCCUUUACCUUAUGGAUGGGAAGAGGCAUACACUGCAGAUGGCAUGAGAUACUAUAUUAAUCAUGUUACCCAGACAACGACUUGGUUACACCCUAAAACAGGUGUCCAGCACAAUACGUCGUCUCAUGAUCCCAAACCAGCAAGGAAGCAGUCGGAAUACUACAUGAGAAUGGACUUCCACGAUGCCAGUGCUGAAGACAACACCAAGUCUGAUCUUGAUUUCAUACAGCCCCCUUGUGUCCCGGCGCCACCAUCUGAUUCUGAAUAUAGGGAAGAGGAAGGCGGUGUUCUUGGACUUCUAGUUAUACUCCCAAAAACUGGAAGUGCACUCUUUCACACUAGACCGGUCCAGACUAGUUAUCACCUCGCUCACCACAGGGGGCCACUGGACUUCCCACCUGGUGGUGCUAGAACUCGGGAAGAAGAGGACACAGCAACCCAGCAAGAAAAGGCGACAAACUUGAAAUCAUCUGUCAAAUCGAGCAGCAAUCGGAAUAACGGGGAAGCGCGCGUCGGCGCUUUCACCCGAUCAAGGAUUGUAAAGAAACCAAAAAGGGACUUCAGUCCCCCUGAGUCACCUGUCAAAAAACAAGCCCAAAAGGAAACCAAAUUAAAUACCCCUGAAACAAAAACAAAGAGGCAGUGGGAACUAUGGAGCUCCGAUGACAAAGAUGCAUUCUUUGAUGCCUUGUUUGAGCAUGGAAAAGAUUUUGAUGCCAUUCAGAAUUGGAUUGCAACAAAAUGUAGGAGGAAAAAUUUAAACACUGGCCUCAUCAAGAACAAAGAACAAGUUCGGCAUCUCUAUUAUCGAACCUGGCACAAAAUUUCCAAGUUCAUCGAUGUUGAUACUGAGGUCAAAAAAGAAAUCCAGGAGUUGUAUGGACUGAUAAACUAUGGGGUCCUGAGAAAGAAGGUCAAAGGAGUUUUGAAUGAGAAGGUUGGAGUCAAGCUGAAUGAACUCAUCUAUACAGGAUGCACAGCUGUGAAAGUACGUGGAAAAAAUGUGAGGAUAAAGACUCCUAUGUGCAAUGCUUUAAAGAAGUUGAACAAUAUCGACGAUCAUAAAUCAGAGUCUUCAGAAAAGGUGCCAGACAAAAUCUGUGUAGAGAUGACUCCUAAAACCAAUGCUGCCUGGUCCUUUGUCCAGGAAAUGGCCACCAAUCCUAGACUCAGAAUGCUACUGAAAGGGGACAGAAAACUGUCUUCUGUCAUGAACUACAUGUCCAGCAAAUGGAAACCUCGUAGAGUUAAACUUAGAGAGGGUUUGGAUGGAGAGAACGAUAUGAACACUGUACUGAAGGUGUACCCCCACAGGGAUUGUGAGAUCACCCCAGUAUCACUGCACUCAAUCAAGGAGCCAAAGAUCAACUUAGCAUUUAAUCACUACAAAGAAAGCAUUAAAAACUCAAUCACGGUUUCUAAAGGAAAGAAAACUGAAGCACCAGUCCCAGUUCCUACCUGUGACAGUUCUUCAGUGGAUGGUGGAGAAUCAUUACCAAGCAAUACAUUUGAUUCUCCACGGUCAACAAAGAGUGGCCGAGACUCGGCAAAACCUGACACUGGAUCAGCAUUCUCAUUGGACGUUGGUGCCAUUGUUGAUGGGGAUAAUGCUAUGUUUCCUGACACACUUUUAUCCCCCUCCCAGAAGAAGGAGGGAAGCUGUCUGAACAAGGAAGGAAGUAGUAACACAAUAGAACUCUCCUCUGUAGCAGACACAGACGGUUGUAUUCCCAUGGAAACUCAAGUUGUAGAAGAGCAGCAAAUCGGUUGUGAUAGUGACAUUAAAGCUGAACCUACAGUUGAGGAAUUGGCAGCUAUUGAAUCUCGUAAACUGAAAGAGGCCCUGGAAGGGGGCCUGACCUCUGAUAGGGCUGAUAUGACACUGGCUGAACUGUAUUUAAUGUUUGGAAAGGAUGGCAAACUUCGCAUUGAGUAUGAUUGGUGCAAAGAAGAGAUUAUACCUCAGAGACUGUGUAAUAUGUUAAGGAGGCUAGUAAAUUUAGCAACCAUUCAGUUUGCUGAUCUGAGUACAAAGAGUCCCAAUAGUUCAAAUUCUCCGUGCCAUGCUUGUGGAAUGGUGAAAAGCAAAUCUAGAGUUAGCAAUACUCGAGGACAGAAAAGCAGAUACCCCCUGUCUUCUAAAUAUGGAGAAGGCUUUAGUGAUGCAAGUACUCAGACCAGUGUUUCACAAAAAGGAGAUAACUCUGAUUCAAAAGAUGCAGUUUUCCGUGUCCCGGUGUACAGUCCCGCUUUCUUACAAAAAAACCUGAGUGGACCAUCAACGAGCAAACCAAAUCAAGUCAAUACCACCAAUUUCCUCCCUCCACAAAGAGGAAUAAAAAAGAUUCGAACAAAUCGGAAGCAACUAUCUAUACAGCGCAAUAUCUUACCCAAGCAGCCGAUGGUGGUACUGCGCCCCUCAGUAACUCAGCAGCCUCUUACUGUCCCCGUCUGUCCGUCUGUAGGUCUGGUCAGCUUACCAAACAAUGGAGUUAGACUGCAGCCUAGAAUGAAUACUACAACAGGUAUCCCUAGAGGCACCCCAGUGCAGUUGAAUGUCCGACCCCAGUCCCCACAGGUCGACCCCCAAAUCGUCUCUGUAAACAGUAACAUGAGUCAGUUGCUGAGUGGUGUUGACAUAGACCUCUCCCAGAGUUCCUCGGCUACUACAUUGUCGGAGAGUGCCUCAAAGAAGGAGGAAACAGUCCCCCGCCAUACUCUGUCCCCACCAAACAUGUCCGCUCUCCUGGACAUGUCCCUCUCUAACUUACCAGCUGCCACUUCAGAAAAUACUGAUAAACUGAUAGACUUGGCACUUGGGAAUUCCAAUACAACAUUUUCAACACUAUUAGAUACCCAGAAUCGUGAUAUUUUAAAUACACCACCGAAAAAGAAUCCCAGUAAAUACUCAUCUCCUCCAGGCAGCCCUACCAAUCCAUGGCUAAAUACAGGCGUGGAUGGAGGUGAUCUGACGUUUAUGAAUCUCCUGUCUGACUCCCCGCUGAAGCCCCCGCAUACUUACCAUGUCACCACCCCCUCUAAUCCUGUCAUACAGACCACACCCCUGUUCAGUGAGAGUUCACGUGACUCCAUCAUGGGUCGAUUAGAUGUGGAUGGAACUUUACAAAGUGUUAUGAAUGAGAAUAGUAUUGAUUAUGCUGUGAAAUUCCAAGAUCUUGCGGCUCACAUUUCUGGAAAUGUAGACAGUUCACUCCUACUGAGAAAAACAGACUCUAGUGGGUGAACUAUCCCAGGUUUCCACUUCCUGUCACAUGACAUCAAAACUCUGUCAUCUUUACUGUUUUGUUUGUUUGUUUUUUUUUUUAACCAUAAAAACUUGAAUACUCCUCAGAGUUUUACCCAAGUUUGACUGUGUGUUCGGCAGCCUCUGAAGUGACAGACAUGUACUGGCUUCAGGAAAUUCAGUUGUACAGUUAAUGGUUAAAACAAUAAUUUUGUGUUCAAAUUAAGACAUAUUCUUUUACUUUACAUUCUUAUCUUCUGAAAAGUAGGUUGAGACAUAUGAAAUAAGAAUUACAAAUUACCCUCUAUCGAAAAGCAGAUUGUAACAAAAAGGACCAAGCGAAAAACACAAACAGUGCGGGGUAUGAGAAUUCUUAAUGUAAGAUAUUGGUGUAUAUUUCUUUCCUUGCAAUUUUCUAUGUGGAUUGAAGUAGAGAAAAAUAUCUAGAUUGCUUUGUUAUUUAUUUUACACAAGCAUUUCUCUGACUUGAGAGGCCUUGAUGUUACUGCCUUCCUAGCAUUGUUAUUAUUUGUUAUGAAUUGUAGCCAUUAUCUUUUAUUUACUGUGAUUAAAUAUAACAUGAA